CACCGGUCCCCGGAUCUUCUGUAUAUUGUGGAAACUAACGAGCUUGGGUUUGAUAGUAUCCAGACAAUCAACUUGUCAGCGCAUUCGCCCUACACUCCGGCACUGCGCCAUUGUUGAUAACACAGCCUGACCAUAAGGAUUGGAACGACUUGUCUAUUGCUGUUGGGUGGCUCGGGGGCGAAGUCUCUUGCGUGCAUGAGACGAGUUCCAGCCACAAAGAUUGUCGAGGUAAGGACCCAGGGGAACUACAACUACAACUUGUAUCCGAUCGUAGACAACCGAACUGUGUUCUCGGACUAUGCUGCCAGAGCUCGAAAGGGGAAACUAGCACUCCUGCCAACAUUAGCUGGGAUCCACGAACAUGGAUUCUCGGCAAUAGUCCCUUUGAGUCAAGAAUCUGUUAAUGAAAUAGACGUCUACGAAAAUGUCCAAAAAGCCUUCAACUGUCCACUCCAUGAGACUGUAAAUUAA